AAAGCCAUUAUUUUAAUUUAGUUAUAUAAAACCACAAAUCCACAAUGUCAACAAGUUCAAGUUAACAAACAAUCAUCAAUAACAUCAAUAUCAAUCAAUUUUAAACCCAGUAAGCUGUAAGCAAUUAUUGUUAAUAUUUUCUAUGAAUUUUCACGAUCGUUUGAGCUAAGCAGAAAUAAAAAACAGGAAACGUAAGGAAUUGCAUUAAAGCAGACGAGCUAUUCAUGUAAAUAAAGGAAUUCGAAAAGAGAAAUUAAAAAUUGUUAGAUUAUGGAAGGAGAUGAAUAUGAAGAUAAUGCUUCAAACUCUCCUCUUUCGGUCGAUUCAGCCAUACAACAAGAUAUACCUAUUCCAAAUGUUGCUUAUAUUCAUAGUUCCGAAUUCGAGAUGCAUUUAAAUAAACAUCCAAGAUUGUAUGGAGCGGUUACAGUGACUCAUAACCUGAUUAGAGCUUACGAUUUGCUUAAAAAUGUUACUGUGAUCCCACCCACUGUGGCUACAAAAGAAGAAUUAAAAUCUUUUCACUCUGAAGAAUACAUUGAGUUUUUAUGUAAAAUUAAUGAUAUGACUGAAGAGGAAGUUCUAGAUGAAGAAGAGGAAGAACUAGAAAAAUAUGGCAUAGGUUAUGAUUGUCCUUUCAUUCCCAACAUAUUUGAUGCUGCAUCAAUGAUUGGAGGAGCCACAGUCACAGCCGCAAAAGCUCUUCUCGGUAGAAACUAUCAAAUUGCUGUUAACUGGGGCGGAGGAUGGCAUCACGCUAAAAAGGACCAAGCUGAUGGAUUUUGUUAUGUAAAUGAUAUAGUAUUGGGGAUAUUGCAGCUAUUGCAAAAAUACAAGAGAGUUUUGUAUAUUGAUCUAGAUUUACAUCAUGGUGAUGGUGUUGAAGAGGCAUUCGCUCACACCUCUCGAGUACUAUGCUUCUCUAUUCACAAGAAUGAAAUUGGAUUUUACCCUGGAACUGGUCUUCUAAAUGAUAUAGGAUAUGGAAAAGGAAAAUAUUACACUAUAAAUGUACCUCUGUAUGAUGGUAUUCAAGAUGCUCAAUACAUAGAAUUAAUUAUUCCACUUCUUAUGAAAACGUAUAGGAAAUUCCAACCGGAUGUGAUUGUCUGCCAGUGUGGUGCUGACACUCUAGCAGGAGAUCCAUUUGCUGCAUUCAAUCUCACUUUAAAAGCCCCCUCCGAAUGUAUCAGGCUCUUCAAAUCAUGGAACCUUCCCCUUCUCAUCCUGGGUGGAGGUGGUUACAAUGCAGUGAAUACUGCAAGAUGUUGGACAUAUCUUUUGUCUAUUUUAGUUGAUAAAACAAUUGAAUCUGACAUUCCUGAUCAUAAGUAUUUGAUGAAAUAUGGGCCAGACUAUGAGAUCCAUAUUUGUCCCAGAACUAUGCCCAAUAGAAAUUCAACUGAGCAUUUAAAACUAAUCACUGAUACUGUUUUAAGGAAUAUAGAUUACAUUCAAAGUUCAGCUCUGGAAAGCUUUGGAUUAUGAAUAUAAACUGUGCCAAAA